UCCAGAUGAGUGAAGGCGGGCCGCUCAGUUUUGAGCUCCAGAGAGUGUCUCAGCUCCUCCAUCUGUACACUGAGAUUAAUCCACCAGCCUGUCCGUGUGCUGGUAAAAGAAACCUGAAACUGUGGGUGUCGUAAAAAAAAAAAAAGAAAGAAAGAAAGACAGACAGAAAGAAGCGAAAGCUCAGUAGAAAAGCUCCGUGCAUCGCCGAGCUGAAAGCAGAGAGAAGGAAAACACACUGAAGUGCUUCUGUGAGGAGAGAGAGUCAUCCAGAGAGCUGACAUUUCCAGGGGGAUGGUGGUUCCAUACGAGGGCCAGUCUUUCUCUGCACUGAGGAGGCAGUGCCAGCAGAACGGACGUCUGUUUGAAGACCCUCUGUUCCCCGCGACCGACCAGUCGCUCUUCUACCAGAGCAACCGCAUCGGCCGAAUCACCUGGAAAAGGCCAAAGGAGUUAUGCAGCGACCCCCAUCUGUUCGUGGACGGCAUUAGCGCCCAUGACCUGCACCAAGGCCAGCUGGGAAACUGCUGGUUUGUCGCCGCCUGCUCCAGUCUGGCGUCCAGAGAAGCACUAUGGCAGAAGGUGAUUCCCGACUGGAAGGACCAGGAGUGGGAUAAAGAUAAGCCGGAGUCCUACGCCGGGAUGUUCCACUUCCGGUUCUGGCGGUUUGGCGAGUGGGUGGAUGUGGUGAUCGAUGACCGGCUGCCAACGGCGAACGGAGAGCUGGUUUACUGUCACUCCAACGACAGCAACGAGUUCUGGAGCGCGCUGGUGGAGAAAGCCUACGCCAAGAUGUGCGGAUGCUAUGAGGCGCUGGAUGGCGGCAACACGGCCGACGCUCUUGUGGAUUUCACCGGAGGCGUGUCGGAGCAAAUGGACUUGAUGGAGAACGGAGUCAAAGAGGAUGAAGAGAAACGCAACGAGCUGUUCGAGAGAGUCCUGAAGAUCCACAACAGAGGAGGCCUCAUCAGCUGCUCCAUCCGGGCAACCAGUGCAGCAGACAUGGAGGCCAGGCUGGCCUGCGGCCUGGUGAAGGGCCACGCCUACGCGGUGACGGACGUCCGCAGGGUGAGGCUGGGCCACGGCCUGCUGGCCUACUUCAGGUCAGACAAGCUCACCAUGAUUCGCAUGAGAAACCCCUGGGGGCAGAGAGAGUGGAACGGGCCCUGGAGCGACAGCUCUGAAGAGUGGCAGAAGGUCAGUAAGAGUGAGAGGGAGAAUAUCGGCGUCACUGUGCAGGACGACGGCGAGUUCUGGAUGACAUUUGAUGACUUCAUCGCUAACUUCACAGACCUCAUCCUGUGUCGUCUUAUCAACACCUCCUACCUGAGUCUCCAUAAGACCUGGGAGGAGGCUGUGAUGCGGGGCUCCUGGCGUCGCCACGACGACCCGCUUCUCAACCGAGCGGGUGGCUGCACCAACAACAAGCAGACCUUCCUCCAGAACCCGCAGUACGUGUUUGACGUGAAGAAGCCGGAGGACGAGGCGCUGAUCUGUUUGGAGCAGAAAGACCGCAGAGCCAGACUGAAAGAAGGACGAGGAGAGAAUCUGGCUAUCGGCUUUGACAUACACAGGGUGGAGUUAAACAGGACCUACCGUAUGCACGUCCCCCAGCAGAAGGUCGGCGGGAGCAUUUACAUCAACUCGAGGUCUGUGUUUCUUCGCAUCGACCUGACAGAGGGGCGCUACGUCAUCAUACCCACGACCUUUGACCCCGGCCUGGAGGGAGACUUCCUGCUCCGCAUCUUCACCGACGUGCCGUCUGACUGCAAGGAGCUGACUCUCCAUGAGCCUCCACAGACCUGCUGGUCCGGGUUGUGUGGUUAUCCCUCUCUGGUCACUCAAGUCCACAUCAUGCAGGCUAAUGGACUCGCAGGACAAGACUCUGACGGAGUGUCGGACCCCUACGUGAUAAUUCGUUGCGAAGGACACAAAGUUCGUUCUCCAGUCCAUAAAAACACUCGCAGCCCCGUCUUCAACACCAAGGGGCUCUUCUACAGGAAGAAAGCCAACCAGCCAAUCAGCAUUGAGAUCUACAACCACAACGUGUUGAUGGAUUCCUUCAUGGGUCAGGUGACGCUGCCAGCCGAGCAAGGCGAUUUCCAGCAGACGCUCCACCUGAGGGACAAAGGCAAUCGCCAGGACAACGACCUCCCCGGGACAGUCACCGUCACCAUAGUGACCAGCACGGUGCUCACCAACAUCUGAGACGGACCACGAAAAAAACGUCCAGUCAGGGUUGAAUCAGCUGUGUCGUUAAAGUUUACCAAACUACCGGAUUACAGCUUCACAGUUGUUUACCUAUAAGGGCAAAUAUUCAGCAUGAACAGAGCGUUUACAUUUUUACAAGACUAACUUUAUAGAGGAAUUGAUGAAAAUUACAACACUUUUACUGUGUUGCUCUUAAAUGUCUGUUUACAAAAUCAUUUACAUUAUCUGUAUUGGGUUUAUUUGUAUAUUUUCUAAUGAUUUGUAGCUUAUCCUUUCGGAUCUUAUGUCCAUAUCAACCACUAUUAGCAGCGUAACACUGUGUUUAAACACAGCCAGCUUCCAUUGUGGCAUUAGAUAAUAUAUAUAUAUAUAUAUAUAAGUCUUCUCUUCACUAACGCGGUGAUACCACUUGUACACAUGCUGCAGCAGGAACAGCACUGGGCUGUAUGAUAACUUUAAUGGCCACAGUCGCCCAAAAAGACUUUUUCUUGCACACAAUCAACACAAAAGAGUUAAAGCUUUAAGACAAUUAAUACUUUUUUCUAAGCAUCACACUCAAAAAAAUGACUCUGUAUUAUCAGAAUUUGAUGAAUCUUAAUGAAAAGAGCCGCAUCAGUAAAUUAACUUGUGUGCAAGGAAUCAGAAGGAAGUCAGUCAGGGCGCGGUUAGCCUAGCUUAGCAUAAAGAGCUAGCCUGCUCUGACCAGAGUGAAACAGAACAAAUAUCAAAACCUCUCAGGUAACAUUCACAUCAUACCUGUAUACUGUGGUUAAAAUAAACUGUGGUGCCCAUUUGUUUUUGUUUUUUUAAAUCUUUUUAAAAAAAAACUGUUAGUUCAACUUCUACAUGUAAGAAAUAUACUGAGAUUGAAGAAAGUCUCUGUUGUGGUUUAUAGUGUGAAAAUAAAGCGGAGCAACAGGAUUUGAGUUUGUAGAUAAGUGAUGAAUUUGUUAAGAUCUUCUGUUGAAACAAUCUACUAAAACUGACACUGCACUAUUUUAUGAAUCAUUCACUCACAUUACAUGUUUUAAUCACACUUUCUGCACAGAAAAAUAUACAACUUCUUUUUCAAAUUGUUCUUAUUAAACUUUUACAGUGCAAAAAAAGUAAAGAAAUACAAACAAACAAACUAAUAACAGUCAUAGUCAUGGAGGAGGAGAAGUAAAGUACUUUAAUAUUGUAUUUAAGUAUAGUAUUUGAGUAAAUGUACUUAUUUACUGUGUGUAACAUCUUCGUGUCCAGAGGUGCGAGACGAGUUUUUCUUUUUCUUUUUUAAAAUGUUUCUUUGAUUGAGUCUCUGCAGAUAAACAAAGCUGGACAAGACAUGUCGGCUGAGACUGAGGUGUGCAGGGGGGCUUCUCAUGUACGAUGAUGAUGAUGAUGAUGAUGAUGAUGAUGAUGAUGAUGAUGGUGUGUGUGUGUGUGUGUGUGUGAUGAUGUACAUAUACGUGUCCACAGAGAAUAAUGAGAAUUAGAUUCACAUCAGAAGCUGAUAUAAUAACAAUAAUAAUUCAUCAAUAUCAGCAUCAGUGACACUAAUAGUAGCUUUAUCAAUAGUUACAAUAAUAUAACAUAUAAUAAUAAUAAUAAUGAUAAAUAUACGACUUCUGUAUGUUUUGAUCAGCUCACUGAACCUCGAUUGGUUUUGCCAAUAAAGAUUAUUUAUUGACGAUGGCAGCAUGUUGUUAUAAUGUUGAUAAAAAGAGAAAAGCCGUGUUAUAGUAUGUUUGUAUUUUUCAUGGUGUGAUCUCAACAUCACUUUAAAUGAAGCUCACCCUCAACGAUUCCUCCGAGAAUCUUAAAUAAAGGUUGAAUGAAAAGAGGCGGAAAUCAUAAACUUUUCAAACACAUUUCAGUACGAACGUCAGUAUUUUUUUUCAUCUCUCUCUCAGAAAGAAAACAACUUAUUUCCUCAAACGUUAAACCACUUUCUUUAAUGCCAAAUGCAGUUUAUUCUCUUUAAAAUGUGUUGUACCUCUGACCACAUCCAGACUUUCUAGUUUGUGUCUUUUAGAUUUUAUGAAACUUUUUUUUUUCUUCAAGAUGCCAAAUAUGAAAUGUUUUCCUAGUUUUGAUAGUAUGCAUGGACUGGUUGUCAUUGUUUGAUUGAUUAACGUCUCCUGUUUGAACUUCUCUUGUUGAUAAAUUCUUAUUUUUUUGCAUUCAGUAUUUUCUUUUUGCAGGUGUCUGGUAUUCUGUUUUAUUCUCCAUCAUCGUAUGAGUUUAUUGCUUAAUGAAUGUUUGUAACCGAAACGUUGCUUUUUCAAUAAAACUUACUGACAGUU